ACGGCAGUGCGUGUAGAGUGCCGGAAAGCGGUGUGUUUUGGACAGGAGGAGGAGGUCAUUGGUCUUAGAGGCUUUUCCUCAUGCCCGUGUAAAAUAAAUAAUUUAAUCAUAGCUCUAUAUAGUUAUUCAACGGCUCCGACAUGCUUCGUCUAAUUCUGCGGCUCAGGCCUUCCGCCGGGCUCUCUCGUCCCCGUGCCCUCCCGACUGGGCCUGGCACCUCUGCCGUCAGCUCCCGUUGCGUAUCUGGAACCAGCUAUGCAAGGCGGCUACACCGCGUAGCCGGUUCCCGGACUGUAUGCUCGACCGUUGGCUUCAGUCACAGGGGAGCACUGCUGCGAUGUCCCCAGCUUACCGUGAGCAGUCGGGGCGAGCGUUUCUACAGUCUGCCGCCGCACCAGAAGGUGGAGCUGCCUGCACUGUCACCCACCAUGCAGACUGGUACCAUUGCUCGUUGGGAAAAGAAGGAAGGAGACAAAAUCGGCGAGGGAGACCUCAUAGCAGAGGUGGAGACGGACAAGGCCACAGUGGGAUUUGAGAUGCUGGAAGAGUGCUAUCUUGCCAAAAUUCUUGUUCCUGAAGGAACCAGAGAUGUAGAGAUCGGAUCUGUAAUUUGUAUCACCGUUGAUAGUCCAGACCUCAUCCCAGCAUUUAAAGACGUUACGUUGGACUCCAUCACUUCUGCUUCUUCAUCAGCGGCUGCAGCUCCUCCUCCAGCUGCAGCUGCAAGUGCACCGCCUGCUGCUCCAGGCAGCUCCUACCCGACACACUUAAAGAUUGCACUUCCCGCACUCUCCCCUACCAUGACGAUGGGCACGGUGCAGCGCUGGGAGAAGAAGGUUGGCGAGAAGCUCAGCGAGGGAGAUCUGUUGGCUGAGAUAGAGACGGACAAGGCAACCAUCGGUUUCGAGGUGCAGGAGGAGGGAUAUUUGGCCAAAAUAAUGGUGUCGGAGGGGACGCGCGACGUCCCGUUGGGGACGCCCCUGUGCAUCAUCGUGGAGAAGGAGAGCGACAUCGCUGCCUUCAAGGACUAUGUGGAAACAGGCAUUGCAGAGAUUUCAACACCUCCUCCAGCACCAGCAGCCGCUCCUGUCGCCGCUCCGCCAACUCAGGCCCCCGCACCUGCCGCAGCGCCUUCCUUGACCCCCGAAGCCUCAGCACCCAGGAAGGGGCGUGUGUUCGCCAGCCCGCUUGCAAAGAAACUCGCUGCAGAGAAAGGCUUUGACCUGGCGCAGAUCACCGGUUCGGGUCCUGAUGGACGCAUUACCAGGAAAGACAUUGACAAUUUUGUUCCCGCAAAGGUUGCACCAGCUGUUCCAGCUCCGACUCCGGCUGCCCCGGCACCUGCUGCCGUUCCUGCCGCACCAGCCGGAACUUUCACAGACAUCCCUAUCAGUAAUGUCCGUAAGGUCAUCGCACAGAGGUUGAUGCAGUCAAAGCAAACCAUCCCUCAUUAUUACCUUUCUGUGGAUGUCAACAUGGACCAAGUUGUGGAGCUUAGGAAAGAACUCAAUGAGGAAGUGAAAGCCAGAAGUAUCAAGCUAAGUGUGAACGACUUCAUCAUCAAAGCCAGCGCGUUGGCCUGCCUCAAGGUGCCCGAGUGCAACUCCUCCUGGAUGGACACUGUCAUUCGUCAGAACCACGUGGUGGACGUGAGUGUGGCGGUGAGCACAGCCAACGGUCUCAUCACGCCCAUCGUGUUCAACGCGCACACCAAAGGACUGGCCGCCAUCAGUGGCGACGUGUCGGCCCUCGCCGCCAAAGCGCGGGAUGGCAAACUGCAGCCACACGAGUUCCAGGGAGGAACCUUCACCAUCUCCAAUUUGGGGAUGUUCGGUGUCAAGAACUUCUCAGCGAUCAUCAACCCACCACAGUCUUGCAUCCUCGCUGUGGGAGGCUCUGAAAAGCGCCUUUUGCCCGCUGACAAUGAAAGAGGUUUUGACGUGGCCAGCAUGAUGUCUGUGACGCUGAGCUGUGACCACCGAGUGGUGGAUGGCGCUGUGGGCGCGCAGUGGCUCGCCGAGUUCCGGAAGUUCCUGGAGAAGCCCGUCACCAUGCUCUUGUGAGGGGACUGCAGUGAACUGACGCCGCCUAUAGCGUACACGGGCAUCCUUGCCAAAGCGAUCCCUUCGGUGGGCGAUCGGCGAGGAUGCCACCAGGUCAUUUCCCAUUACCCUGACAAAGUCCGGGGCAGAACUCACUCCGCUUCCAUCUCUAGUCCCUCUGUAUUUAUUAUUAAAAAUGUCUAUAUCACAAGAGAAAGCUAGUUGUCAUUCAUCCUAGAAUACAUGGAGUCUGGCCACGAAACACAUGUGCAAAGGGAAAUGUUACUAUUUGAGAAGCACUGGCCUAGGUGACUGAUUCACAAUUUGGUUUUGUCUGAUAUCAGAGAUUAAAUAAAGAAAACCAA